CUCUCUCUCUCUCUCUCUCAAUCGGGUUGAAAUUGAAACCCUAGCUUCUGCUCAUCGCUGCUGUUCCCUUGAAUUCCUCCAUUUUGAUCUUCAAUCUCUUCAGAAGAAGCGAAUCGAUGACGCAGGACGUGGAGAUGAAGGAGGCCCAGCAGCAGCCUCCACCUCCCUCGAACUCCGUCUCCUCUGCUGCCGCUCCGUUCACCCUCCAGCAUCUGAAGGAAAUCGCGUCGCUGAUUGAGAGUGGUGCUUACCUGAAGGAAGUGCGAUGGAUCGUGAGGGCCGUGCGGCUUACCAUUAUGCUCCGGCGGAAGCUCCGGGCAUCGAUAGUUUCUGCUUUUCUUGGCUUUGCGCUCACUCCGGGAUCGGAUGUUCACUCAAAGCUCUCGUCUUUCAUCCCUAAGGAAGAAGAGCACGAUAUGGAUGUGGACACAGCAACUUCAGGUGCUCAGGGUCUUGGCAAGCAUCCUCUACCAGAGCUGGAGAUGUACUGUUACAUGCUUGUAUUAAUAUUUUUGAUUGAUCAAAAGAAAUACAAUGAGGCUAAAGCUUGUUCCUCUGCAAGCAUUGCACGCCUAAAGAACAUAAACAGGAGAACUGUUGAUGUUUUAGCCUCUAGGCUGUAUUUCUAUUAUUCUUACAGCUAUGAACUUACAGAUAGUCUUGCUGAAAUUCGUGGGAAACUCCUUGAGUUGCACCGAAUGGCCACCCUAAGACGUGAUGAACUUGGUCAGGAAACCCUUCUCAACUUGCUGCUCCGCAACUACCUCCAUUAUAAUUUAUAUGACCAGGCAGAAAAAUUGAGGUCAAAAGCGCCUCGCUUUGAGGCUCAUUCAAACCAACAGUUCUGCCGGUAUCUCUUUUAUCUUGGAAAAAUCAGGACUAUCCAAUUGGAGUAUACAGAUGCUAAGGAAAGCCUCCUGCAAGCUGCUAGAAAGGCGCCUGUUGCAGCCCGAGGUUUCCGAAUUCAGUGCAACAAGUGGGCUAUCAUAGUUCGCCUGCUUCUUGGGGAAAUUCCAGAGAGGACUGUCUUCAUGCAGAAAGGCAUGAAGAAGGCAUUGACACCCUACUUUGAACUAACAAAUGCUGUGCGAAUUGGUGAUUUGGAGCUGUUUAAGACUGUUGCUGAAAAAUUCUCAACCACCUUCAGCUCCGACAGGACACACAAUCUGAUCGUGAGGCUUCGUCACAAUGUGAUAAGGACCGGUCUUCGAAAUAUUAGCAUAGCAUACUCCCGCAUAUCACUGGCAGAUGUAGCUAGAAAACUGAGAUUGGACUCUGAAAAUCCAGUGGCAGAUGCUGAGAGCAUUGUUGCAAAGGCUAUCCGAGAUGGUGCCAUCGAUGCUACCAUUGAUCAUGCAAAUGGAUGGAUGGUCUCAAAAGAAACCGGAGACGUCUACUCAACAAACGAGCCCCAGUUUGCCUUCAAUUCAAGGAUUGCCUUCUGCUUGAACAUGCACAAUGAAGCCGUGCGAGCGCUGAGGUUCCCCCCAAACUCCCACAAGGAGAAAGAAAGUGCUGAGAAGCGCCGGGAGAGGCAGCAACAAGAGCAGGAACUUGCCAAACAUAUUGCUGAGGAGGAUGACGAUGACUUUUAAGCUAAGGUUCAUUCAGUUACUCUCUCAUGCAGAAGAUUGUUACAACUAUAAACAUUCAUGAAUGUUACUAAGUAUUGUUAAAUUAAUGCUUCAAACCCCUUUUGGUGUGUUUAUGUUUGUAGACAUUUCAUUUUUUCAAACUCUUUAAUGUAUGAGCAUCAAGUUAUCAUUUUGGAUCGGUCA